UUGUUUGACAAAAGGUUGUUGCGCCACUGGCUUUUAGCCUAGCCCAUUCAAAUUGUUUGCGUUUUCAGUUAUUCUUUUCAAUUCUUCAUGGAGCAAGAAGCACAGACUAAGCCGUCGGCUGGAACGAGUGAAACUGGAGAAGAGAUGACAGACAUCGUGGUGGAUGAUUUUGAUUCCUACAUUAACCUUAAACUCGACAUGGAAAAGAACAACGGGAUUUCUGAAGUGGGACAUAGUGUGUCCGCUGUAACUCAAGGUGUACGUCAGGGGGCUCUAAACAUGGAGAACUGUGUGCUGCAGUGUGAGACCACUGGAGUUAUUGUCCGAACAUCAGCCCAUCUCACCAUGAGCAUGUGUGACCUUUAUGGCUCCAAGGGGGCUGGCGUGGAGAUUUACCCCGGCAGUGUUUGCAGGCUGGUUGGUAACGGCAUCCAUCACUGUAAAGACGGGAUCCUCAUCAAGGACUUUGCUGAUGAGAUGGAUGCGAUGCCGUCCAUCACCAUGGACAACAAUGUGAUCCACAACAAUGAAGGCUAUGGGGUGAUUGUAGUGAAACCCAACAAUGGGGAACAACACAACAGAGUUCCUCUGGGUGAAAGUGAAGCUGAAGACAAACGGCAAGGAGAUGUUCCAGAUCCUCUUCUCAUCUCCACACACCCGACCAGCAGCGGCUCGGCAGAGAUUCACCCCGACUCAGCAGAGAACAACAACAGCAUCGAUAGUGUUGUAGCCUCCAACUCAGGCAGAAAGUGGCAGUUUAGUCGUCAGCUGAGCAGAAACAAGGACACGUCCUGUAGCCGAGCUGUCCCAGAUCUGGACCACCAGAUCUUCGUCUCCAUUCAGGGAAACCAGUUCAGACGCAAUGGCAUGGGCGACUUUGGCACCUUUUUCUACUGACUGACAACAUCGACAUGCUCAGAACCGUUCUUGUGAAAAGCAAAUUCAAAACAUCAACACGUCAACUCAUUCUAACUCUUCCUAGAUUUUGGAGCAAUAAUUAUUUGAUGACAGCUUCAUAUUCUUGGUGUUUUCUUUUUUUUGUCGUGACAGAAAUGACUGCUGAUUCACUGAGGCAUUCUGAAGAGACAAUGAUGUCAUCAGUUAUUAGCUGCCUGUGUUUCUAAAAAAAACUGACUUCCAUCUGUUUGAAUUGACAGUGAACUGACCCCCACGUUUAAACUUGCACAAAUGCUUUUAUCUUAUUUAUUCCUUUGGGCUUCAGAUGCUAAACGUUUAAAUUUUUAAUGCAUUAGUUUAAAAUUCCAAUUGUCACUUUAAAUUGUAGUUUUGGUGGUUUGACUUCAGAUCUAAUAAAUGUUGUUACCAUGGUGGUGGUUUGCGAAAAAAUAAGUGCACUGUUGAGAGUUCACACAAACCUUUUAUUUCUUUUGUUAUCAUGAGUUGACUUUCACAUGGUGUCUUGGGUGCUUUUAAUGGUUUGAUGUAUUUUAUGGUAAAGAAAAGUCACCUUGACAUACUAGAAGCCCAGUGGAAAAAAACUGAGGUUUUAUAUUUCUGUCUCUAAUGCUGUGGAUCUUUUACAUACUUGCAUGCUACUGCAUUUUAUGUGCAAACAGGUGUGGACACAAGUCAUGAAUCUUUAACACCAAUGACUCAUGACUUCACUUUGAAUUUUGAAUUCAUGUCCUUCAUAAACCCAGAUUUUCAAAAUAAUCAACUAUUUAUCCUCCUGAUUUACUUUGGUUGUUGUUCUGUUUAAACAUGACUCACAGACUACUAUGUACAAUGAAACAAGAUCAGUGGGUUAGUGAGUAGUGGAACCUAAAGCCAGUCAAUGUCAGGUGACUUUCUUUAAACCUGACUAGAUUGCCAUGGUAAUUUAUGCUUUGUAGGAGGUUAUGUUCAGAUUUUUUUUAUUUGAAUAUAAACAGAAAGAAAGUAUGCCAGAGUGUACAAUCAAUGUAGCUAGUAAAAACCUAACUUCUCUGGUAGAUUCAGGGGCCACAUCUGUGGAGAGAAGGAGAGACAUUCUGAUUUCCACAGGGAAUAACAAAACAAAACAACCACAUUUGUUAAACAGGGCAGGGAUUUAGCAUAUGAACACAUGACGAACACAGUUUGGUGAAAGAUGUCUCUGAAAGUCCUUAACUAAGAUGGGUGGGGUCAUGAAUGUGGGGACAAAAAGUAUGAUGUAGGUCAAAGGUGCAGAGCAUGUUCUGAUGACACCAAAAUUUUCAUACAGGUCAUGUCAAAAUCAAUACCCUUUAAAAAAGAAAGCAGUUGAAGGCAUUAAACUGUUUUUUAAAAA